AUGUCAUCGUUACCAACUUCAGAUGGAUUUAACCAUCCGACCCGUCCUUCAGGACAGAGUCCCGAGGUUGGUAAUCCCUCGGGUCUCGCUCACUCCGUCUCUGCUUCAGUCUGCCCCAUCAAGCCCAGUGACCCAGACAGCAUCGCACCGAACGCUGUGAAGGCCUCGAAGGCUACCCCUGAAUUCCAGAUACCCUCCGGAAAAAAAGAGCAUCUUCCUCUACAGGAUCUCUCUGGUCCUGCUUCUCCAGCGGACUGGAGUCCGGCCAUGCCCUGGCAGAAUUCACCCGAGGAAGCCACUGCCGCAGAUGAUCUGGAGCCAUCUCCUGCUGAAAGAAGCACCCAGAGCCUCAACUCCCCUCUCCACCCAACACAGGAAGUGUCUGUCACAGCGACUAGGAUGCAAGAACCGCAGAGGUUUCUAGGUGAAAAGGGUUGGCAUCCAGAAUGUCAGACUCUGAGUCAGGUGAAUGGCCUUCUGCAGCAGGAGGAACCAGGGGAUGGACAGCAUGAGGUUGUACAACAGAAUGUGCCACAUGACCGAGAACAUCUUUGUAACAAGGGGGACCUUGAACUUCUUGGAGAAAGGCAACAGAAUCAACCAAAAAGUGUGGAUAUGGAAGCUGCGAUGAAAGGAGACCGGCUGCGGCAGGAUGUGGACCUCCCAGCUGUACAGAACAGUCUACCCUCAGGGUGCUCUGACUGCUCCAAUUCAGAGACGCUUAUGGAAGUAGAUGUAGUUGAACAGCCCCCACGCCCUGUGCUUAGUUCGGCAGGCGAUCAGAAUGCCAUUGUCAAGAGCGUCAGUGCAUCUGAUCUCACCUUCGAUGAUCCCUUGAUGGAAAUGGAAACAUCAAAAUGCAACCCUUCAUCUGAAACCUUGAGUAGUUCCAUUUCUGCUCAGAAUUUACAGCGCCCAGAAAGCAGUGUGGAAAUGUCCGGAACAAAUGAAGACUGCGGGAAUUGCUGCCCCGCCGUAGGUCUCUGUGGCAGUUGUCAGCCCUCUGUGGAGUCAGCAGAGGAAUCUUGCUCCUCCAUCACAGCAGCCUUGAAGGAACUUCAAGGACUUCUGGGCACUAGUAGCAAACCAGCUUCAGAAAUCACAUCUGAAGAAGUUAUCUGUCAAUCAGAAACAGUAACCGAGGGCCAAACAAGUCUGGGGGUCCUUUCUGAAGGAUGGAUCCAGAGUGAACAGUGUUCACAGGUCUCCUUUCAUCAGGCCACAUCUGUGUCAGUAAAGACAGAGAAAUUAGUAGACACUUCAGCUGGCACCGGGAUGGAAGAUGUAGAAGAUGCUAACUUCAGGGGUCCAGCUGAUGGCCUAGUGGCUGACUCGGAAGGUGCCCCCCAGUCUACAGAAUCAGUAAAUGAGAGCAGUUCUGUCAUUCUAGCCUCAGCUAAUACGUCUAAUCAAUUACACUGCACCUUAGGUGUAGAAAUUUCACCAAAACUUCUAACAGGUGAGGAGGAGGCACUCAAGCAGACUUCAGAGCAAACGAAGUCCUUGUCAUCGGAGUUCAUGUUGCUUAAAGAUUUGGGUCCGGACACACAGAACCCGGUGACAGGUGGGCCUGAGACCAGAGAAGAUGUCUGUCCUGAAGCCGAAUUGGAGCUGCCUACCAGCUAUCCGUCAUCGGGUCCCUCCAUUCUCCCACCGUUACUUUUCCCUGCAGCAGACAUUGACCGGAUUCUCCAUGCCGGCUUUACCUUGCAGGAAGCUCUCGGGGCUUUGCAACAAGUUGGUGGAAACGCAGACCUUGCACUUCUUAUUUUGCUAGCAAAGAACAUUGUAGUUCCUACGUAA